AUGCUUCGAUCUCUAAGAAACAAAGGCCUCUCAGUUUUAACAGCUCUACUUGCUCCUGAGCUCGUCCUUGCUCAAGCCUAUAGUGAGUGGCGCCAGGCAAGGAAACUGGUGCGUUCAGUACGGCAUGUCAUAAUUAAAGAGAGUAUGCAGGCUGCUAUAAAUGAAUCUGAUGUUUUGAUCAUUAGGGCGAAGGCGAGCCUACUGGAGAGGGAUGAUGAGCAAAAGGCUUUGAAAGAUGCCGAGACCGCUCUCAAUAAAGCGCGCGAAGCUCUCGCAACUAUUGAGUCCGAUCAAUCUUUACCGGACAGUGAUUUAUCGGCGAUUGAGAAGGCCAACCAAUUACUCUCCGAGAUGCUCCAGCGUCUCGAAAUUAUUCAGGACUCUUCUCCUUUUUGGAGGACGGGGUUCUGUUUUCCAUUGAUGUUAGCUUACCUCAGAUUACACUUCUGGUUUAAAAGAAACUUCGCACAGGACACAAGGAAGCGUCCUAUAGAAUUCACUAUGGCGGAUGCCUUCUUUACUCUGAUGGGAGGUUACACCUUCUCGCUGGCCGGUUAUCCCCGCGGUCAAAACAGAACACUUGUAGUGGAAGCUGAAGGGCUUCUUCAUUUGCUUAGAUCGGGUGCUCUGAGCGCAUACUCACUUUCUACCCUUAGAGAUGACGUUUCCGAUCGAUCAAAAGCGGACGCUCUUGCAAAGUUACUUGUUUGCCUACAGGCUGGGUGGAUGGUGAUAAACUGCCUUUGUCGGGUAUCAAGCGGUUUACCUGUCACACUACUCGAAUUAAAUGUCCUCGCGCAUGUUGUCUUUGCCGUUCUGAUGUACAUCUUUUGGUGGCGAAAGCCGCAUGACGUUCGCCAUCCCAUCUCUCUAUCGCCAGCCUUCCUAGACGAAUCCUUAUGUGCGAUGCUACACACAUGGGAUCCCGAGGUAGCUCUGACGCGAUCGUAUUCUGGGCUACCCGAGCCCAGAGAAGGAUUUGGGUGGCACUAUUUUACUCUUGAGAUAAACGGGCAGCAGAUACGCUAUGCGUGCUCUGCGCCUGUCGGCGGCGGUCUCAGAGACACAGUCUUUGGAUAG